AUGACUGUAACUCUACACCUAAGAGCUGAAACAAAACCAUUGGAAGCGCGUGCUGCGCUGACACCAACAACCGUGAAAGAGCUUCUUGCUGAAGGGUUCAAGAUAUAUGUCGAGGACUCUCCACAAUCCAUCUUCGACAUAGACGAAUACAGGAGGGCCGGUGCGGAAAUUGUUCCUGCAGGCUCUUGGAUUGCAGCUCCUCGCGACAGAAUCAUUAUUGGAUUGAAGGAAAUGCCAGAUGAGGAUACAUUCCCGCUUGUUCAGGAACAUAUCCAAUUUGCACACUGCUAUAAGGACCAACAGGGCUGGAAAGAUGUUCUGCGCAGGUUCAUCAACGGGAAAGGUAUGCUUUACGAUCUAGAGUUUUUGGAAGAUGACAAUGGUCGUAGAGUUGCUGCCUUCGGGUUUUAUGCGGGCUUUGCUGGUGCGGCUAUAGGUUGUAUGGAUUGGGCUUUCAAACAAACGCAUUCUGACAACGAGGACUUAGGUGGAGUUAACCCAUACCCGAAUGAAGAUGCAUUGAUCAAGGAUGUGAAACAAAGACUGUCUGGUGCAUUCAAAAAAGGUGCCAAAAAACCCACCGUACUAAUAAUUGGUGCUAAAGGUAGAUGCGGGUCUGGUGCGGUAGACUUGUUACACAAGGUCGGUAUCCCAGAUGGAAACAUAUCGAAAUGGGAUAUAGAGGAAACCUCCAAGGGUGGCCCAUUUAGAGAAAUUGCCCAGACGGAUAUCUUCAUCAACUGUAUCUAUCUUUCCAAGCCAAUUCCGCCAUUUAUCAAUUACGACCUGUUAAACAAGAAGGAUAGACGAUUAAGAACCGUCGUUGACGUUUCUGCCGAUACCACGAACCCACAUAACCCAAUACCGAUUUACGAAAUUGCAACCGUGUUCAACAAGCCAACCGUGAAGGUACCUACCACAGUAGGCCCCAAGCUGUCGGUAGUAUCGAUAGAUCAUUUACCGUCACUGCUGCCAAGAGAAGCAUCAGAGUCUUUUGUCCGUGAUCUACUGCCCUCUCUAAAAGACCUACCAAACAGGCGUGUUUCCCCAGUGUGGGUCAAAGCCGAAAGACUAUUCAACAGGCAUUGUGCCCGUGCUGAAAGAUCAUCCAGGUUAUGA